AUGGCCUGGGACUCUCCGUGCAGCAGGGACUCACUGCGCCCUGAGACACGAGGUGCCUGGAGCGGGCUGGCUGGCAGGCAGAGCAGGGCCAGAACACCACCCCUGGAGGAGCUGCGGCGCCUGCUCUGCACACACGCACGCCCCACGGGGCACGUGGAUGAAGUCUGGCCAAACCUUUACGUGGGAGACCUGCAUGUUGCUCGGGACAAAGCGCAGCUGAGCCGAAUGGGCAUCUCCCACGUCGUGGAUGCUGCUGCUGGGCGAUUUCACAUUGACACUGGACCCAAAUUCUACAAAGACCUGCCUGUGGAUUACUAUGGAGUAGAAGCAGAGGACAACCCAAACUUUGAUCUCAGCAUUUACUUCUACCCAGUUGCUCACUACAUAAGAGCAGCACUGAAUUCCCCAAGAGGCAAAGUACUAGUUCACUGUGCAAUGGGAAUCAGUCGAUCUGCAACUCUUGUCCUUGCGUUCUUAAUGAUCUGUGAGAAUAUGUCCCUUGUUGAUGCAAUUCAGACUGUACGUUCACACAGAGGGAUUUGCCCCAACUCCGGCUUCCUCAAGCAGCUUCGAGAGUUGGACCUCCAGUUAGGAAGGAGGAAAGGCAGAGGAGCAGAGGCCUGCUAG